AAUGGGUGUGAAGUGGGUGGAACAGUGGUACUUUGUAGUUGUGUGCUUUUCGUAUUCUUUUCUGUCUGAGGAGGUGGUCGUUGUCCGUUCUUCCUCGUUUGAAAUUGCUGGUUCCCUCUGUCAGUCAAUUCUCUUUCAUUUUUACCGUUUUGUUGCUUGCUCGACGAUUCGUGGUUCUUCUAUAGCGUUUCCGGUACUGAGAUUGAAAAACGAAAUUACCACCAAAAAUUUCGGUCGAUACGAUACUGCGUCGUCCAAAAAUGUCUGAGUUGAAGGAGUUGGUCGGAUUCUUGCAUGAUGAGAAUCCUCAGGUUCGCAUGUUGGCCUUGCAACAUUUGCUGCCUUUCACCAUGCGGACGAACCCGCAUUUUGACAUCUUCCGGGAGGAUGAUUACAGACCGGUGAAGCAGUUGAAGGCUUUGUUAGUUGACAAACCCCAGAUUGCUAGCCAGGCAGCUACAGCACUAGUGAACGUGUCGCAGAAUCACGAGGUGCGACGUUACUUAAUUGAUGCAGAGUUCGUGCAGACAGUACUUGGUAUCAUUACCAACCCAGAACAUGGCUUGGCGGAUCUGUGCUGUAUGCUGCUUUGCAAUCUGACCAAAGAAGACGACAUUGUGAACAUGUUCGAUAUGAAGGUUCCCUUGCGUGAGUACUCUUUGAGCAGCAAUGCCAUAGACCAACUGAUGGACUGUUUUGUCAAAGGUAGCAACCACGGUAUCAACCAGUACGCAAACUACGACUUCUUGGCAAAUGUGUUUGCAGACUUGACUCGUUUCGAGCGUGGCCGUAAGUACUUCACAGAGGCUCAAGCAUACGACGAUGUGAUUCCCAUUAGCAAAGUUGUUGUCUUUACCGAUCACGCUUCGGUGCUUCGUCGCACUGGUGUCGCAGCGACCAUUAAAAACGUGUGCUUUGACACAACCUUCCAUGCAUCGUUGAUGGACGAGGACGGCAUCAACGUGUUGCCCUAUCUCCUCCUUCCUCUGGCAGGUCCGGAGGAGCUGAGCGACGAGGAUAUGGAUGGCAUGUUCGACGAAUUGCAGUUGCUUCCCGACGACAAGAAACGCGAGCCCGACUUGUUCGUGAUGAAGACACAUGUUGAGUCGCUCAUUCUCCUUACAGCCACUCGCGAGGGUCGUGAACACAUGCGGCUUCGGAAGGUGUAUCCUAUCAUCCGUGAGCUGCAUUUGGCCGUUGAGGACGAAGACAUUCGUGCUCUUUGUGAUCAAUUGGUACAAAUGCUUGUCCGUGACGAAGAGCCCGUCGUCGUUGAGGAGGACGAAGAUGAUGUUCUUGUGGAAAUCGACUAAACGAUUAACACGGCAGCGAGAGGCUAUGGUACAAAAAUAAAAUGGUUUUGGAGAGAACGUCUGCUUGUUUGUAAGGUAGAAAAAUAUGAGAGUGUAGUAUAUUAUGUGAACG